CUCUACGCUCGAAGACACGCCGAGGAACAGACACACACGGUGUCAUCACACAGCGACACACACACACACACACACCUCUCCCGGAGCUCCUGCAGAACCAGAGGAGGAGGAAAGAGGGAGGAAGAAUCUGGCCUAAAGUCCUGCAGCCGCCUUCAAACCGCUGGGAUGAGGUGGUGGCUGGUGGCGGCCAAUCUGUGGCUGAUUGUGGUCCUGACCAUCCCCGAUGCUCAGGCCAGGAACAGACCUCACAUCCAGGAUGGAGAGAAUCGCCACGGCAAAAGAAAGAGGGAUGGAAAGGGUCAUGGCCGGGCCAAAGCAGGGACCUCUAGACCUUUAAAGAUCAGACUGGUUCCUGAGCCCAGCAUCCCUGUGAAACCUGCAGAAAACCAAGGAAGCGCUUUGUUCCUAAAAUCUUAUAAGAAUCUGCAAGAACAGCACUCUACCUAUAACAUUAUCCCAGGUAAGCAGGGUCAGUGUGUAUACCAAGGUCUGACCAUGUUCGACCAGGCCGUCUGGUCUCCAAAGCCCUGUGUGACUUGUCUGUGUACGAGAGGGCAGGUGGUUUGUGACGAGAUCUCCUGUCCCAAAAUUCACUGCCUGUUCCCCUUCAUCCCUGCUGGGGAGUGCUGCCCCGUCUGCAUGGAGUCAGACUCCGACUUUGACCGCCUUCACAUUUCUGGUGACUCCCCAGUUCCCAGUGAACCCAUUGAGGCAGUGACCCCGCUGACGCAGGAGGAGAUCCAGAGAAUCCUCUGGCGGGAGGAAGAGGAACACCGUGAGCAGGAGGAGCGCCUCAGGAAGAAGGACGAAGCGAGGAGGAAGAGAAGGAGGCAGAGGAAGAAGCAGGAGGAGAAACAGAGGAAGAUAGUAGAGGAGAGGAGAAGGCAAGAGGAGGAGGCACUUAGGCUGCAGUUGGAGAAAGAGGAGGAAGAGUGGAAAAGACGGAUAGAGAAAAGGAGGCAGGAGGAGGAGAGGAGAAUACAGGAGGAGGAAGACAGGAGGCAGAAAGAGGCAGCAGAAAGAGAAGCCAGAGAAAGAGAAAGGAAGCUGGAGGAAGAGAGGAGGAGGCAGGAGGAGAUGCUGAGGGAAAAACUCCUGGCUUUAGCUGAUGAGGAGGAAGAGGCGGAGGAGGAGGAAGUGUGGCUGAGAGGAGAUGUGUUUCAGAUGCCGCCAAAAGAACCUGAAGAGCACGACAUCCUUCCUGCUCCAAUCCCGAGACCUCCUUCUGUCGCGGAAGAUGAGCUGAAGGAGGUGGCCACAGACGAUGUAGAGGAGGAUAAUGAAGAGAGGGAUGUGUCUGCAGCUAACAGAGGAGGCCUCCCUCCAGGCUGCGACAUCUCUGAUGUCAUCGUGACAUGUGACAACGCCAAACUCACCCACUUCCCUCCUCUGUCCAUCCCUGAGCUCAAGUCUCUCAGUCUGGAGGGCAACAACAUCAGCAGCAUCCCAGCUGCAGCCUUUAACGGCAUCCCCAACCUGGAAUGGAUCAACCUGAAGAAGAACAGACUCACCUCUGCCGGCAUUGAUGAUAAAGCCUUUAGAGGCCUGAAGAUGCUGCAGCGUCUGUACUUGGAUGGAAACCUUCUAGAUGCUGUACCCUCUGACCUUCCGCCCACCCUGCAAGAGCUGAAGAUCAAUGAGAACAAACUGAGAGGGAUAAAUAAAAACGACUUCCAAGAUUUGAACAGUCUGGUGAUUCUGGAGCUGGAAGGGAAUCUGCUGAGUGAGGGGAACAUAGAUCCUCUGGCCUUCAAUCCUCUAAUCCAGCUCUCCUACCUCAGACUGGGGAGAAACCACUUCCGCACUGUACCACAGGGGCUUCCUAGGUCACUGCUGGAGCUGUAUCUGGAAAACAACCUGAUUGAGGAAAUCUCCGAGACAGUUUUCAAUCAGACCAACAAUCUGAAUGUAGUUAAUCUGAGGCACAACAAGCUGGAUGAGACGAGGAUUGCCCCCAUGGCCUGGAUCAACCACAGAAAUCUGGAAUCUAUCGACCUGUCUCAUAAUGACCUGUACCUGGUUCCGUCAUACCUGCCCAAGUCUCUGGUCCACUUAGUGCUGGUGGGAAACAACAUUGAGAGGAUACCUGGUUGGGUCUUUGCCCACAUGGACCCUGGAAUAGAGUACCUCUACCUUUCCUACAACAAACUGGACGGGGAGGGAGUUGAACCCGAGUCGUUCUUUGGCUCAUACCACUCCAUGGUGGAACUGUGUUUGGACCACAACCAGCUGAUCUCCGUGCCGUCUGGCAUCAAUGAAAUGACAAACUUACACUUCCUCAGACUCAACAACAACAGAAUCAGGAGUAUCCCUGAUGAAGGCAUCUGUGACCCGAACCACAGCGGGGACUCCACCCUGGUGGCCCUGAGGCUUGAAAACAACUACAUUGACCCAAAGAAGGUCUCACCGACGGCCUUCUCCUGUGUGCGCUCCUCCUCAAGUGUGGUCUUAAAACCUCAGAAAAACAACUGACCAGAGUCUAAACCAAAAUCCUAACAGACAUUCAUUCGUUACGUUCAUUCGGUUAAGAUUUUGGAUUUGAACGUUUCAAAAGAAGUCAAACUAUAAGUACCAUUCGCUAUCUUCUUCUGACGUUGUACUUUUGUUGAAAUAACACCCAUAAUAAAAUGAAUGAUUGAAAAAUAUGGUGGAUGCCCAGGUAAUUUGCCUCAUGGGAAAGUACUGCUCUGUCAUAUUCCCGGACAUAGUCUUUACGAGCCGUGAGCAACAUUUUCUCCGUCUGAGGUUCAGUUACAAUGUUUUAGGUCUGGUGCGUAGGUUUGCGCGGUCACCUGGACCUCCUGAAACUGUCGAAGGUGACAAGACUCCCUCAGACUUCCAAAUCAAAAACAUAUGCCUGCUAUGUAAAAUGGAAAGAAUCCCAGCACCAUACACAGUAAAUCGACAAUGGUAGUAAAGAAACGGAAAGAAUCCCAUGACGUGAGACCACAAGCACAACACAUUAUUUUUUAACAGCCUCAGCACAUUCAUGUUCCAUUUCUCAGCUCCAUUUCUUCCAGCGCCGUCUUUCAUGGGAAAAAGCGUGAGCUCACACGUGACAUGUCCUUCAAGUGCGUCGUGUUAAAGAUUAAUAGCGGCGCAAAUGACGGAGUUAAAUCGAGUUAGCGCUGCUGGAGAUUCAACUUUCAUGGCUGAUUAUUUCUUUAAUCUUCUUAAGUUCUUCUUCUUCUUUUUUUUUAAGUGAACAGACAGACAAGACAGUAACUUCCUCUGGUGCAGUUAUGGCAGAUUUAUGCUCGACACAGGGGAUUCACUGGAGUCUUGCUGUAAGGUGUCAGUUUUGAUUUACAACACAACCAGAUGCACGCAUCAAACUUGAUCAGGCAACGUGGUGAUUCAAUUAAGACAGAAACAGGAGAACGGGAGACAGGAGAACACAGAAACUGCUUCACUUGCAUUUGAGUUAAAGUGACGACAGAUCACAGACAGUAGUUAAAUAUUUGUAGCUACAUCUAGACGACUUUCUUCUUUGCCGUGUGUUAUCAUUAAAUAGACCAUUUAAUUUCUUUACUCUAUAUUUUGUGAUGUUUAUUUACAGUCACCAUCUUUAAAUAGUUUGAUUCACCGCUGAGUAGUGGGGGAAUAUGCUCCAGAAAUGUGGAGAUUUGCAAAUCAAUAAAGAUGAUUCAGUCCACAGACAGAUUUAUGUUUUGGCACGUUUGGCCCUAAACAUCAUCCACUUAGACGUCUUCUUUCUUUUCUGCAAAUUUCAGUAAAACUGUUCUUCAUGGAUGUCACAAUUUAUAUCGGGGCCAGUAUUGGAUUGGCCAAAAAAUGACCUUUCGUAGUUAUUUGUAUUACUUCUACCAUAAACCAAAACAUCAUCAAAAUGUCUCUGCUAUUUUAAUGGCUGAGGGCUGAUGUCAAAACUAUCAAAAAUCAAAGAAGAUGACUUAGAGAGAAGUUGGAUGACCAUUUGUGUAGUGGAGAACAGCUUCUACACACUACAUUAACUUUGACAGAGCUAUUUAUUGGACUGACUCUAGUCGCAUCGAGGGGAAUACAAGGAAGAGAAUAAAGAGCCUUUUGUUUAUUUAAGAUCGAUCAGGGGCAAAAAAAAACUCGAUCAGGAUAUCCUUUAUGUUGUUCCACAUUUAUUAAGUCCACCUCCAAUAUAGCAUGUUUGCCUUUUACCAUGACAGAGACCCUUCCUACGCUUCAAUGAAUGACAGUCAUGCUGUUUGCGAUUCCACUUUGAAAAAAAGUGCUCUCACAUAGAACAUAGAUCAAACCAGUCUGAUUGGGGCAUGUAUCAACCAUGUGCACAUCAUUUCUAGUAGAGCUCCUAUCGGUCUAUAAAUUACGGGUUGUGCAGAUGGAGGCAACUCCAGAAGUAUGUUCCUUGCUUGGAGUUUGUGUUUCAGUAUUUUCUUUAAAUGCUCUUUUCAGUUUCGAUGCCUGUUCAUCAACUACCGACACAUGCAGCUGUGCUGUUAUGUGUCAAGAACCCAACGCCGACACUGAUAUUCUCUGCUGCUUAUACAAAGUAUGUUGACAUAUGGAUGAAAGAUUCUUAGUGCUCCGUCUGUAUCAUUGCUUUUUUGUUUGAUUGACUCAGUUAACAACCAUUUUUAUUCAAAUAUCAAAAAUGUUGAAAUGUUUUGCUCUUGUCUGGUUUUAUUUACAUGAUAUUCUAUUUGAUAUGUGAACAUAUCCAACAUAAUGUUAUGCAGCAUUCAAAUAAGAUUCACUAUGUUCCCUUUACUGAUGACCUGUCUCACCUACGAUUCAUGUAAAUAAAGACACUUGAGCAAUCA